CGGAGGAAAACGAAAAAUGCGAUGACAACAAAACGACAAGGUGGAAUGAAAAGAGCUCGCGUAAAUGCGAAAAAAUAAAUCGAAAAACGCAAAAGUAAACAUUAAAUUUUAAGGAAAACUUCCUCAGAUCGCCGAAAAAUACCAACAAUGGCGCUGCUGCUGGUACACCUGCGACGCCUCAUUCUCCUGCUGACCGUCGUCUACCUGAGCGGAGCGGUAUUCCGCCGCCUUCUCACCGAGCGGCACCACGCCCACGUCCUGCAGGCGAAUGGAUACAUGGGAUUCGGACGUCUCCGAGGAGGCGGAGCAUCCAAAGAGCCAUACCACUUCCAGUGGUGGGCCUACAUCUACACCUGCUAUGCCUACGCCGUGCUUAUCAACUACGUAGCACGCGCCGCAUGACCAACCUGAUUGAGUUCUUUUUGCAGUGAAUUUAGGAGUUUUUUGUUAAAAAAUUUAGUGAGAACCAAAACGAUUAUGAGAAGUUUCCGUAAUCAAAAAAUAAUUUAAUUAGAAGUUUUUAAGCUUAUAUUUUUGUGAUCUUUGUUUUCAAGCCCACCUUUACCUUUGUGA